AUGCCGCAAACAAAUGCUUUCUCGUGGAACACCCUCAUCGAAGCCCACAUCAACUCAGGCAACAGAAACAAGUCGCUGCAAUUGUUUAAUGCCAUGACACACAAAACCCACUAUUCCUGGAACCUUCUUGUUUCAACGUUUUCCAAAUCUGGUGACCUUCAACUAGCUCACACCCUCUUCAACGCCAUGCCUCUAAAGAACCCCCUUGUCUGGAAUUCCAUCAUUCACGGUUAUUCUAGAUACGGGCAUCCCAGAAAAGCGCUUUUACUCUUUAAGGAGAUGAAUUUAGACCCUUUAGAAACGGUACACCGCGAUGCCUUUGUGUUGUCAACCGUUUUUGGUGCAUGUGCUGACUUGUUUGCUCUUGAUUGUGGGAGACAAGUUCAUGCUCGUGUUUUCAUUGAUGGUUUUGAAUUCGAAUUUGACAAGAUUUUGUGUAGUUCGAUAAUUCAUUUUUAUGGGAAAUGUGGUGAUUUGGGUAAUGCUGCUCGGGUUAUGGGUUUUGUGAAGGAAUUUGAUGACUUUUCCUUAUCUGCUUUGAUAUCAGCUUAUGCAAAUGCUGGUAGAAUGAGAGAUGCAAGAAGGGUUUUUGAUAACAAGGUUGAUCCUUGUUCUGUGCUGUGGAAUUCAAUUAUUUCGGGUUAUGUGUCUAAUGGUGAGGAAAUGGAGGCAAUGGCUCUCUUCAACUCAAUGCGUAGGCAUGAGAUUUGGGGAGACUUCUCUACUGUUGCAAAUAUUUUGAGUGCUGCUAGUAGCUUGCUCAAUGUUGAACUUGUUAAGCAAAUGCAUGGCCAUGCUUUUAAAUUUGGGGCAACUCAUGAUAUUGUGGUUUCUAGUGCUCUGCUUGAUGCAUACUCCAAGUGUCAACACUCUCGUGAAGCUUGCAAAUUUUUUAGUGAGCUCAAAGCUUAUGAUGUAAUAUUGCUUAAUACUAUGAUUACCGUGUAUUGUAAUUGUGGAAGAAUCGAAGAUGCAAAGUGGAUUUUUAACACAAUGCCUAGUAAAACCCUGAUUUCAUGGAAUUCAAUCUUGGUUGGCCUUACCCAGAAUGCAUGUCCAAGUGAGGCGUUGAAUACUUUUUGUGAGCAGGUAUUUGCUAAAGCUAUUACUUUGGGGCUUGAAUCUGACCAAAUCAUUUCUACCUCACUUGUUGACUUUUAUUGUAAAUGUGGUCUUGUUGGGAUGGGACGAAAAGUUUUUGAUGGAAUGACAAAAACUGAUGAAGUUUCGUGGAAUACAAUGCUGAUGGGAUAUGCGACAAAUGGAUAUGGGAUAGAAGCACUAACCCUUUUUAAUGAAAUGAGGUUUAAUGUUGUGAGACCUUCUGCUAUUACUUUUAUUGGGGUUCUUUCUGCUUGUGAUCACUGUGGUCUGGUAGAAGAAGGAAGAAAUUUGUUCCAUACGAUGAAGCACGAGUAUGCUAUAAAUCCAGGGAUUGAACAUUACUCUUGCAUGGUUGACCUUUUUGCCAGAGCUGGUUGUUUUGGGGAAGCAAUGUAUCUUAUUGAAGAGAUGCCUUUUCAGGCUGAUGCAAACAUGUGGUUAUCAGUAUUAAGAGGUUGCAUAUCCUAUGGAAACAAGACUAUUGGGAAAAUGGCAGCAGAGAAAAUUAUUCAGCUUGAUCCUGAAAAUUCAUGUGCUUAUAUACAAUUAUCUAACAUACUUGCAACUUCUGAGGACUGGGAAGGAUCAGCAAAAGGAAGAGAGUUAAUGAGAGAUAAAAAUGUUCAGAAGAUUCCUGGUUGCAGUUGGGCAGAUUGUUGA